UGGGCAUCAAUAAACAAAAACGGCCAUUUUGCACAUUCCGAACAUUUCACAAUAUUUAAACGCCGGUAUUUUCUCUCAACGCGUUCCUAACUUCGACCGUUUCCCGUUCACAAAAUGAAUAUCACUCGCGCAAUCAAUGACCCGGAAUUCUGCAAGAUGGCCCAAGCUGUCAACCUCUGUGCGGAGGAUAUGAUUCCUUGGGAAGGACAAUCAGAUUCCUGGUGUUUACCGCUUGAGCAACUUGAAGGUUCAGCAGCAAUAACGCGAUUGUACGUGCAAUUCGAGAAGACAAAGCUUGACGGAAUUAUUCAACGCCGACGUGAAGACCAACCAGCUAAGCGCAUCACUCGCCGUCAUGGUCCAGAUAUCAUAUACUUUUGGAAUGAUACUCCACCCGUGCGAGAGAACCAAUUUAUUGUGAUGAUAGCGCUCGGAAAACCCUCCAUACAACAGGACAAGACCUCUCCAACGCUUAAGAGGCGUCAUGAGGAUGAUGAGAUCGAGACUGAACAACACACGUUGCCGAGACGGCCUGAUGAUUCAUCUUCUCAUAAAAACGUUCUCAAGCCUCAUCAAAAGACUAACACGGAAGCUGCCGCCACAAUCGUGGAACAGAAAGACAGAACCACCAACCUUACCGGUGCCGCAACCACCGAGGAACCAUCAGAACUCUCGUCACGGUGGCAAGCUUUCGUCGAGAAGCUUAGAGAAGAAGCAGAGAUCGUGGGCUCGACGUUGAGUAAUCGGAGCAACGAGCCUAUAGAAUUGAAAGAAGGUGACUUCCUUGAGCUCGAUACGUCGCAGUACCUUCACCCGAAGGCUGGUUCUGUCGGGGGAAUGUGGAUGUCGUAUGAUUGGUCAUGAUAUCCUUAGAGAUGAUCAAGAUAUCGAAAAUAAAGGCGGAUCAUUAUUGACGCGUUGCGGUGAACCUAUUCCCAUAGUGUUCGUGUGGCCGGUAGGAGUAUGGGCGAAUACGUCCCAAACGAUCCCUAAGCUAGGAUCCCGUAGAUAAUCCCAGGAAUCGAU